UUAGAAGGCUCAAUAAUUUUAGCCGCCGUACUUUUAAAACUAGGAGGAUAUGGCUUAAUUCGUUUCAUUCCAUUUAUCUUACAAAAAUUAUCAAUAUUUAGAACAUGAUUUAUUAGAAUUAGUUUAAUUGGGGCAACUGCUACAAGAAUAAAUUGUACUCGUCAAAAAGACAUAAAAUCUUUAAUCGCUUAUUCAUCAGUGGCUCAUAUAGGUUUAGUAUUAGCCAGUCUAAUAACAUUUAAUUACAUUGGGUUAACCGGAGCAAUUAUUAUAAUAAUUGCCCAUGGAAUUUCUUCCUCAGCCUUAUUUUUCCUUGUAAAUUCAAUUUAUUCAAAAUACCAUUCACGAAACAUCAUAUCCUUUAAAGGAUUAAUUUCAAUUUUCCCUAAUCUAACCUUAUGAUGAUUUUUAUUCUUAGCCAUUAACAUUUCCGCUCCUCCUACCAUUAAUACUAUAAGAGAAAUUUUUAUUAUCUCUAGCCUCUUAAAUUCAUCCUACUUAACGCUAAUUCUUAUAUUUUUUGUAUCAAUCAUAACAACAUUAUUUUCAAUUAAUAUAUUCAUCAAUAUCUCCCACAAUAAAACCGAAAUAAAAUUUUCAGAAGAAUCAUACUCAAAAUCUUUUCUAAGUUUAUUUAUUCACAUCACCCCCUUAAUUUUAAUUCUUUCUAAAAUAGAAAUUAUAAACCUUUAAUAUUAAUAGUUUACUUAUAAAACACUGGUUUGUGGAACCAAAAAAAUCUAAUUGUAUUCCUUUUACAUCCAUUAUACUUAAAUUUAUUACAUUAUUUUUCCUCCCACUUUCCCUAUAUAUAUUAAUUAAUUCUACAUUUAUUUCACUAAGACUUCCUAUUUUUCACUACCCCCCUUCUUUAUUCCUAUUAAUCUUUUAUUUGAUUGAAUAUCUUGCCUAUUUUUAGCUACUGUAAGCUUAAUUUCUAGUCUUAUCCUUACAUUUAGAUCAUCAUACAUUCCUAAUAAAGAAUUUACCCGAUUCUCUUUUCUUCUCCUUUUAUUUAUAUUUUCAAUAAUAUUAGUAAUUUCAAGUGACAACUUAAUUUUUAUCCUCCUAGGAUGAGAUGGUUUAGGAUUUUCAUCUUACAUUUUAGUAAUUUAUUACCAAAACUAUUCCACUGCUGCUUCAGGUUCAAUUACUAUCUUAUCCAAUCGAAUUGGAGAUAUCAUAAUCAUUAUAUCAUUAGGAUUAAUAUUAUCAUUCUUAGAUUGAAACUUUUCAAUUAAUAAUGAAUUUUCAUUAUUAAUCUUAACACUUUUAAUUAUCGCAGCUUGCUCAAAAAGAGCUCAAUUUCCUUUCUCAGCAUGACUUCCUGAAGCAAUAGCAGCACCUACACCUAUUUCAGCCUUAGUACAUUCUUCAACAUUAGUUACUGCUGGAAUUUACCUUCUCAUCCGAAUUAUAAAUAAUUUUCAUCCUUUAUCCACAUUAAUCAUUAUAUCUAUUUCCACUAUUACUAUUAUAAUCGCUGGUUUUUCAGCUAACUGAGAACAAGAUAUAAAAAAAAUUAUUGCUUUAUCCACCCUUAGCCAAAUCGCUAUAAUACUUUUCGCUAUCUCUAUAUUUUCUAUUAACAUUGCAUAUUUCCAUUUAAUUUCUCAUGCUUUAUUUAAAUCUACAAUAUUUCUCUGCGCAGGAAUUAUUAUUCACUCAUCCUCAUAUCAAGAUAUACGUCACAUAGGAAGAAUUAUAUUUAAUAUCCCUUUAAUAUCCUCCAUCCUAGGAAUUUCUAAUCUCACUUUAAUAGGUAUUCCUUUUACCUCUGGAUUCUUCUCAAAAGACGCUAUUAUUGAAAAUAUAUUAUCUUCAAAAUUUUCCUCUUUCCUAUCAAUUUUAAUAAUUAUAUCAAUCGGAUUAACAGCUAGUUAUUCUAUCCGAAUAUGUUUAUUUUCUUUAAAAAUUAAUCUAAAAUCUAAACCUGAUUUAUCACUACAUUCUAAUAAUUAUAUAGAUAUCCCCAUUUUAAUUAUAAUUCUAACCUCAAUUUUUACAGGAACAUCAUUAUAUUGACUAAUUUGUCCUAACCAAAUUUUUUUAAUACCCUUUUCCCUAAAAAUCUCAACAAUUACAAAUUUAUUUAUUGGAAUCAUAAUCGGAAUUUCACUAUCAUUCUAUAAUAAAAAAUAUAUUAAAAUAGGUAUCCCCUCUAUUUCAUUAUGAUUUACACACACUAUUUCCACUAAACUAAAUAAACCCCUUUUACCAAUAAUAAAUAUAUUUAUAAAUAAUGACAAAUCCUGGCAAGAAUCUUACGGACCCCAAGAAUUAUUUUUUCAAUCUUAUAUCUCAUCAUCAAUUCCUAUUCUCCUUUCACUAUCAUUCAUAUUUAUCUUCAUUAUUAUACUAAUCAAUCCAAUUAUUUUAUUAAUCUA